AUGGGUUUCAACACGCUUUCAUGUCAGCUUUUGCUAGCUGCGGCGACUGCCUCCGCCAAGUGGAUCGUUCCAGGAGCGCGAUGGAGAGCUACUGACGGCACCCUUGUGAAUGCGCACGCGGGCGGUAUCACUGUGGACCAAGAGUCGGGCAAGUUCUUCUGGUUCGGCGAGUACAAGAUUGAGGGCCAGGAAGAGGGUGGUGGUGUUAGCGUAUACAGCUCUGAUGAUCUUGCGACAUGGGAGCCUCACGGUUUGGCCCUGGAGCCGAUUGAGGGCCAUCCCUACAUCUCCACGGAAGACAUCAUCCAAAGACCAAAGGUUGUAUACAGUGAAGGCACCGGCCAAUACCAUAUGUGGUGGCACGCCGAUAACUCCACCUACGGAGAGCUUCUUCAGGGUCUCGCUGUCUCAGACAACAUCACCGGCCCUUACAGCUUCGUCGAUGCUACGGCACCACUUGGCAACUGGUCACAAGAUUUUGGCCUUUUCGUAGACCAGAAAGACGGUCGAGCAUAUUCGCUAUACUCCAAUGGCGACCGUAGAGAAGGACGCGAUGUAUACUUGACCUCGUUCAACGAAAACAUCACUGCUCUUGAUGAAGUCGUUCAUCGUUUUGACAAGUACGAUUUGGAGGCACCAACAAUUGUGCAGACCGACAAGAGCUACUUCGCGCUGAUGUCGCACAAGACGGGAUAUCGCCCAAACAACGUUGUUGCUUUCCGUGCCGACUCGCUUGCAGGCCCCUGGUCUCAACCUUUCAUCAUCGCACCCUUGAACACCCGCACCUUCAACUCCCAAUCUGGCUUGAACCUUCGGAUCAACGGUACAAAGAAGACGACCUUUAUUUACAUGGGUGACCAAUGGGACUCCAACAGCCUUUGGGAAAGCAGAUACAUCUGGCUGCCGCUUGAAGUUGACGAAGAGAAGAAGUCUGUUGAGCUCAAGUGGUACGAUGUCUGGGAUCUCGAUGUUAAGACUGGAGAAGUCACAGCUAUCAACGGUACCACCUACUACGGCAAGAACGCUACUACCACUGGUGAUGCGUACCACCAAGAAGCCAAUUUUGGCAGCGACGGCGUCAUCGUUACUGGAAUCUAUGGCAACGACAGCAAAGUCACUUUCUCCAACAUCGAGGGCGCGGGCAAGCCCCAGUGGGUCUCGUUCUACUACCAGAACACUGAUGACAUGGGCUUUGGUGACCAACCCGGAGGCACACCUGACCGUAUCAACGGAACAUGGCAGCUUCGCCGUAUCUCGAGUGUCAUUGUUAAUAACAAGACCGAGGAGGUUGAGUCGCUGUACCAGAGGGAUACCCACAAGGGUAUCAUCCUGAGUACGCCACUCAUGCUGAACUUGGAGAAGGGUAACCACAACACUAUUACUAUUGGUGGUUUGGACAAUGGUAAGGAUGUGAAGGGUGCGGAUAUUGACCGCAUUGUGGUGUUCCCGCCUGAGGAGUAG